GUGUCUUGCCUCCUCCCUCGCUUUAUCUGGUCUCCCUCCCUCUCUCUCUUCCUCCCAAUUCCUGUGUGUCUGGUGAGGGGUAGUAGCGGUGGUGGUGGUGGCGUCCCUCUCCUCCUCCCUCCCACCUAUCAUUAUUCUAAUCAAGCACAGCGGCAAAGUUGAGAGAGUGAGCAGCGAAAAAAGAAGGGGCAGGGCGCCGUCUUUCUUUUCAUCGAUCUCUUUUCCCUCUCACACACACAACCACAGCCAACCAUGCACUCCUCUCGUAGCUUUCCUCCCUUUACUCGCUUAAUAAUUAGCUAAUUCUUCUGCUCCUCACCCCGCCUCCUCCUCCUUUACUCUACUCCUCCAUUUGCUUUUGUUGCCACUGUUCCAUCUCGUAGGUUUCGUUCAUGCAGCUGGCCACUUGAGAGAUUUGUUACUAGAUAAGUUUGAAGCGAAAUAAAAAAGAUCUCGCAAGAAAAAGAAAGAGAGUGAGAGAAGAGCAGGGCCGGAGGGAAAGAAUAACCUAGCUGCUAGCUUGCGAGGAUGGAUCCGGUCACAGCAUCUAUGCACGGUCACCAUCUUCCUCCACCGUUCAACACCCGCGACUUCCAUCACCAUCUCCAGCAGCAGCAGCAGCAGCAUCACCACCAGCAGCUGCAGCUCAAGACCGAAGACGAACAGGGCGGCGGCUCGCCGGGGGUGUUCGGCGGCCGCGGCACCAAGCGCGACCAUGAGGAUGACGAGAACAACGGCAACGGCAACGGAAGUGGUGGUGGCGGUGAUGGAGGUGAGCUGGCGCUGGUUCCCCCUUCUGGUGGCGGGCCAGAGGGUGGCGAGAACACCUCACGCCGCCCGAGGGGCCGGCCGGCGGGGUCCAAGAACAAGCCGAAGCCGCCGAUCAUCAUCACGAGGGACAGCGCCAACACGCUCCGGACGCACGUCAUGGAGGUGGCCGGCGGCUGCGACAUCUCGGAGAGCAUCACGGCGUUCGCGCGCCGCCGUCAGCGAGGGGUCUGCGUGCUCAGUGGCGCUGGAACCGUGGCGAACGUCACACUGCGGCAGCCGGCAUCCCAGGGCGCGGUCGUCGCCCUCCACGGCCGUUUUGAGAUCCUCUCCCUGUCCGGCUCCUUUCUCCCGCCGCCCGCCCCGCCAGAAGCCACCGGGCUCACUGUCUACCUUGCUGGCGGGCAGGGGCAGGUGGUGGGCGGCAGCGUCGUCGGAGCGCUGACAGCAGCGGGGCCGGUGGUGAUAAUGGCGGCCUCUUUCGCGAACGCGGUGUACGAGCGACUGCCGUUGGAGGAUGACGAGCUGCUCGCUGCCCAAGGACAAGACGACAGCGCCGGGAUUCUCGCCGGUGCGCAGCAAGCAGCGCAUCUCGCCGGCUCUGUCGAUCCAAGCCUCUUCCAGGGACUGCCACCAAACCUUCUCGGCAACGUGCAGCUGCCAACGGAAGCCGCUUAUGGAUGGAACCCGGGCGCUACCGGUGGUCGUCCGGCGCCGUUCUAAUCGAUCGAGGUUCGAGGCCGCACGAAGCUUAGAAGGUUAAGUAAUUUAGCUUUCUUCAGUGUUCACUUGGGGUCGCAUCGUGGAGGAUUUCCGUGGGAAUUAUGCAUAUGAUUUCGGAUGCUAAUUAGUAAGUUCUCUUAAGAUUGUUUCGGGAUAUGUAGCUCGAUCGAUCUCUAUCGUUUGUUUUGGCUAUUUCUUGUGUCAUAACUGAUCUUGCUGUUGAGUUGAUGAGGGUCUUGUACCUUAGAAUGAUCUUUCUUCCGUUCAGUAGCUUCAUCAUUUUUAUCCGUUUUUAGAACUACUUCUUGAAGUUGUAGCUUUUUCCGUUUAAAAAACUGUUAUAUUGUCCCUU